CGCAGAGGGACGAGGAGCCAAUGAAAGAAGACGCCAUUUUUGACUUAUCUCAGCACUCAAAAAAUAUUCAUUUUUUUUUUUUCACUCAAGAAAAGUCAACAACCUCUCUCUUUGCUUUGUUUUGGUUUUGGUUUUGCUUUUGCUUCUGAUCUGUUGGUUUUUUUCCUUCUGUAAUUGGAAACAAUGCCUGUAGCAGAGAUCUUUCUCUCUGCCUUGGUCAAAUUGCUGUUUGAGAAGAUGUCCUCUUUUGCCUCCUCCAAAUUACCGUCCUUUGAAGGUAUUGAUACCCAGCUCACCAAUUGGACCAAUAUGCUGUCUCAAAUUGAAGCUCUUCUGAUUGACGCGGAGGAGAAGCAAAUGAAAGAUCGAGCCGUGAACCUGUGGCUCGACGAUCUCCAGGAUCUGGCAUAUGAUUUGGAUGAUUUAGUGGAUGAGUUUGCCACCGAAGCCUUGCGACAGAAUCUCAAGGCAAAGCCGCCCCAACCUAGUUCCAGCAAGGUAUGGAAUCCAAUCCCUAAUUUCAAGCCAAAAGAUGUUAUCUUUAAUUUCAAAAUGACGUCCAAGAUUAAGGAGAUCAAUACCAGAUUACGCACUAGUUUUGUUCGAUCUUCGCAACUUAAUUUGGUUAAGAUUGUUGGAACCACCACACCUACCCCUAAGACAUGGCAAAGACCAGAGUCUACAUCGUUAUUAAAAGAACCUCGCGUUUAUGGAAGAGAAAAGGAUCGAAGAAAGAUAAUUGAGUUGCUUGUAGGUGGGGGUGAAUCAAGUCGUAACAAAGUUGACGUAAUUCCUAUUGUGGGUAUGGGUGGGGUUGGCAAGACCACCCUGGCACAGAUGGCAUACAAGGAUGAAACCGCGCAGAAGCAUUUCGAUCUGAAAGCAUGGGUCUGUGUGUCAAAUGAGUUUGACAUUAUGAAAAUAACAAAAGCAAUUUAUGAUUCAGUGACUUCCCCGACAUGUAGUUUUAAUAACUUGGAUCAAGCUCAAGUUAAACUAAAGGAGGCUUUGACUGGAAAGAAGUUCUUAAUUGUUUUAGAUGAUGUCUGGAAUGAAGACUACGAUGCUUGGAAUGUUCUGAAGACCCCUUUCAAUGAUGGAGCCCAAGGGAGUAAAGUCGUGGUGACAACACGUAACAGAGACAUUGCAACAAUGAUGGCAACUGUUGAACUUCAUGACAUUAAGAUCCUAUCAAAUGAGGAUUGUUGGUCAUUGUUUGCACAACAUGCCUUUGCGAAUACAAGUAUUGUUGCAAAUCCAAAUUUGGUAUCAAUUGGUAAGGAAAUUGUGGAGAAAUGUAAAGGUUUGCCUCUGGCUGCUAGGACACUCGGUGGCCUUUUACGCAACAAAGUACGAGAUGAGGAAUGGGUAAAGGUAUUGCGCAGUAAAAUAUGGGAUUUACCACACACAAAAAGUCACAUCCUUCCUGCUUUGAGAUUAAGCUAUCAUGAUCUCCCCCCGCAGUUGAAGCAGUGCUUUGCAUACUGCUCUAUAAUACCCAAUGACUAUGAAUUUGAGGAAGAGGAGCUAGUCUUGUUGUGGAUGGCGGAGGGCUUCAUUCAACAACAAAGAAAGAGGCAACUAGAAGAUGUAGGAGCUGAGUACUUCCGUGAAUUGUUGUCAAGGUCUUUUUUCCAACCAUCAAGUACUGGUAAAAGCUCUAAAUUUGUGAUGCAUGACCUUAUCAAUGAUUUGGCUCAGGUAGUUGCAAGAGAUACUUGUUUUAGAUUGGAUGAUAGAUUGAAAUAUCAGGAGCAGUGCAAAAAUAUAAAGAAAGCUCGACAUUCAUCUUACAUGCAGGAGUACCUUGAGGGUAUGAAAAAAUUUGAGAUCUUUGACAAAGCCACGCAUUUACGGACCUUCUUACCAUUUUCCUUAAAAUCUUAUUCAGAUUAUUUUCCGACAAGCAAUGUUCCCCAUAAUCUAUUGCCGAAUUUAUUGCCGAAGCUAAGACGCUUGAGGGUGCUCAAUAUGAGUAGAUAUUACAUCACAGAAGUUCCAAAUUCUGUUGGAGAUUUGAAACAUCUGCGGUAUCUUAACCUUUCCUACAGUCAUAUAAAAGAAUUACCUGAAUCACUAGGCUCUCUUUACAAUCUACAAACAUUGAUGUUAAGAAAAUGUAUAAAUCUGGAAAAGUUGCCAGCAAACUUGGGAAACCUAAUUGACCUACGUCAUCUCGAUACUACAAAUGCACAUUCCUUAGAAGAAAUGCCACUGACAAUAGGUAAGUUGGUUAAUCUUCAUACAUUGUCCAAGUUUAUUGUUACUAAAAACAAUGGGCAUGGGAUAAGAGAGUUGGGGAACUUAAUUUAUCUUCGGGGGAAGCUUUGCCUAUCUGGGUUACAGAAUGUGGUGGUUCCAUUAGAUGCAAGGGAGGCGAAUUUAAAUGAUAAGAAGGGGUUAGAUGUGUUAUCAAUGGAAUGGAGUGUUAACUCAGAUGAUUCACGAGAUGGAAGAGUUGAAACAGAAGUGCUUGACAUGCUACAACCUCACAAGAAUUUAAAAGAACUCCAUAUCAAAGGCUACCUUGGUACAGGAUUUCCGACUUGGAUAGGAGAUCCUCUGUUCUCCAAUAUGGCUGACCUAAGUUUAGAUAAUUGUGUAAAUUGUGCAUCCUUGCCACCACUUGGACAACUACCCUCCCUCAAAAAGCUUUACAUUAAAGGAAUGAGAGUACUAAAGCAUGUUGGUUGUGAGUUCUAUGGGCGAGGUGGUGUUCAACCUUUUCUGUUACUGGAGACUCUAAGCUUUGAGCUUAUGCUAGAAUGGGAGGAUUGGUAUACUUUUGGAGAUCACAAGGAAGUUCAACCUUUUACUCAUGUUAGUGAGCUCUCCAUCAAAAAUUGUCCUAAACUUGUUGGAAUGUUGCCAAGUGAUCUACCUUGUUUGAAUAAGCUACAGAUCUCGAACUGCCCCAACCUCUGCGGAAUGAUGCCCAAGGAUCUACCUUGUUUGAAUAACCUAGAGAUUUCAGAGUGCCCGCAAUUCCUAGUUGAAGAUUCUAGCAUUAGCCUCCCGUUACUCACCUCGAUAGCUAUGAAUGACAUUCCUCUAACAAGCCUUGAAGCGGUCCUUGAGAUGAGGAGUAUGGUUGAUGAUGAAGUGAUAUCGGCAAAUGCAAAGUCUAAGCAUCCGAGUUCAAUAACUUCCUUGAGCAUUGGGAUGAUUAAGAAACUCGAGCUCUUGCCGAAACGGGUUACUCAUGGGCUGAUGGAAGUCGAGGAAUUGAACAUUAGAAGGUGUGAAGAACUCAAGACACUGUGGAAGAAUGAGGCGAGAGUGCAACACAGCUUCCCUGCAUUCCGACGUUUGGAAAUUAAAGACUGCCCCCAGCUAGUUUCAUUGUUUGAAGAAGAUGAGGAUGAAGAAAAUGAAGGGCAACAUCAGCAACAACAACAAGAGGGACUCCCUAGCAUGGAUAAACUGCCACGGCUGCUACAUACCUUCACUUUUCUUCGAGAGUUGUAUGUCUCUAAGUGUCCAAGUCUCGGCUCUUUUCCGGAGACAGGUUUUCCCUGCACGCUGAAAAAACUCAAGAUAAGUGAUUGUGAGGCUCUGCAAUCCUUAUUCGGGUGGAUAACGCAGAUUAAUGACAAUAAUCUUGAAGUGUUAAGGGUUAAGAAUUGUCCAUCCCUCACAUGCUUGAUAUCGUGCAGAGGUGGGGGGCUACCACACACACUCAAAGAGCUUGAUAUUAUGAAUUGUAAAAAGUUGGAGGCACUGCUAGUAGAGGAGGCGAUGGAAAUUAACAGUCCAUCUCUUGAGUCUGUUUCGAUCUAUGGUUGUGAUAGGCUGAAAUACUUGCCAGAUGCCCUUCCUAAUAAUAAUAAUCUCAGGAAUCUCCGUCGAUUGUGGUUGUAUGGGUGUGAGAAUUUGGAGUACAUUCCGGAAGGAUGGUUACACUCCGCAACAAAUCUGAGAGAAUUGAAUAUCGGGGGAUGCAAAAAACUGAAGGCCCUACCACACGGAUUGCAGAGCAUCAGCUACCUCACUUCUCUUCAAGAGCUGUGGAUGGAUAUUUCACAAUGGAACAACAACUUCAAGAAGAUUGGUUUGCACAGUUUAUCCUCUCUUAAAAGCCUAACGUUGACUGAAGGCAAAGAAGAAGAACAUCCGGUGGGUUACAGCUUUCCGAUAGAUGGGAUGUUGCUGCCCACCUCUCUGACCAGUCUUAGCAUCUGGAAUUUCCGAAAUCUGGAGAAGCUAUCUUCUAAGUUGUUUCAAAACCUCGCCUCUCUUGAACAACUUGAAAUCUCUGAUUGCCCUAGGCUCAAAUCUUUACCAGUGCAAAGGCUGCCUCCCUCACUUGGGAUAUUGUGGAUCGAGAGUUGUCCGAGACUAACAGGGAAGUUUGAAAAGGGGAAAGGCAAAUAUUGGCCCCACUUAGCUCACAUUCCUAACGUCCAAGUCUGGUGAGUGAUCAACUCUGUGGAGAUUCCAGCGCAAUACAAGCAGUCAAAUUGCCAGGAAGAAGCAAGGUUGGUUGGCCAUCUCCGUAACCAUAGGUUGGCAAACUUGCUUGGUUAGUGCCGUGAAUAUGAUGAAAUGCUGCUUGUGGCUGAAUAUAUGCCCAACAAUACACUCGCAAAACACUUGUUUUACUGGGAAACACAACCUAUGAAAUGGGCAAUGCGAUUGAGGGUGGUUUUACAUGUUGCACAAGCUCUAGAAUAUUGUACAAGCAAAGGCUGUUCCGUUUAUCACGACCUAAAUCCUUACAGAGUUUUAUUCGAUGAGGACUGUAAUCAUAGACUUUCGUGCUUUGGCCUGAUGAAAUGUAGUGGGAAUGGAAAUAUUUAUAGUACAAAUUUGUGAUUUAUUCCUCCAGAGUUUCUGAAAACCGCUCUCAUUCCAAAUGUGGACUGACCAAAUGCAGACAACAAUAAAUUCGAAGAAAAAAGGCAAUUCUGCUUUCCGGUGUAAAGAUUCCAAAACUGCAAUUGACUGCUACACACAG